UUUAUUUUAUGGGAACUGUGUUAAUCAUUUAAACUCUCUAAAUCUCCGUCUCUCCCACUCAGUCUUACUCUCUCAUCACUCUCACUUUCUCAAUCACCCUCUCACUCUCUCAAUCUCGCUAUCAGCUCACUCUAACUCUCCCACACGCUCUCAAUCUCCCUCUCACUCUCGUUCUCCCUCGUAGUCUCGCUCUCGCUCUGUACUCUCACUCUCGGUCUGCAUCUUCAGUUUGGAAUCACAAGGGCACCAUGAAACAACAUUUUCUUUGGGCAUAAUUAUUGAGGCUAGCUGUUCCGCACUUGUUGAUGCUACCACCGUUCUAAGCAAGACAUUACCACAGCUCCCUCUUCUCACUUUCAUUACUCCACAAACCCAUCUACAUUUCCUGAAAGAAAGAAAAAACUAUGGCGGAAGGAGCUUUGUUCGAUCUUGCAGGGAACGUCCUUCAACUGCUGGGCUCUAUCAUUGCUGAAGAGGUCAAACUGGCCUCUAGUGUUGAAACUGAGAUUGAAAAUCUAACCGACACAGUCACCACAAUCCGCGCUGUGCUUCUGGAUGCAGAAAUGCAGAGUUCUCAUAACCAUCAGAUCAAAGACUGGCUCAGUAAGCUCAAAGAUGUCCUCCAUGAUGCUGAUGAUUUGCUGGAUGAUUUCUCCACCCAAGUAAUGCGCCGCAAAGUGAUGCCAAAGAAGGUACGCCUUUUCUCUUCAAGUUCAAACCCGCUUGCUUUUAGUCCUAAGAUGGGUCAUGAAAUAAAGGCAAUUAGGGAGAAACUAAAUGCCAUUGCAAAAGAUAAGGAGGCUUUUCACUUUAGUCAAAGCUCGGUUGAGCCGCAAGUCAUGAAUAGGGGGGACAGAGAAACUUAUUCUUUUGUACUCGAAGAUGAAGUUAUUGGGAGAGAGGAUGAUAAGAAAGAGAUUAUGGAACGUCUUUUUGAUGACAGUGUUGUAGAGAAUAUUUCUAUAAUUCCAAUUGUUGGUUUCGGAGGAUUGGGCAAGACAACACUAGCUCAACUGGUAUACAAUGAUAAAAAUGUCCAAACAAAAUAUGAGAUAAAACUUUGGGUUUGUAUCUCUGAUGUCUUUGAUGUACAACGGAUUGUUAAAAAAAUUUUAGAACAGUUGACAGAUGAGAGACUUAAAGAAAGCUUUGAGAUGCUGCAAACUCAGCUUCGAGAAAAGCUUAAUGGAAAAAAAUACUUGAUUGCCUUGGAUGAUUUGUGGAAUGAGGAGAGUAAUAAAUGGCUUCUCUUGAGAAAUUUGCUAGUGGGUGGUGCAAGGGGAAGUAGGAUAAUAGUGACCACACGCUCAGAAAAUGUAGCGAGGAUAAUAGGGGCAACUUCAUGGCAUGCUCUAAGAGGCCUACCUGAAGAAAAGGCUUGGAGUUUGUUUGUGAAAGUAGCAUUUGAAAAUGGUCAACUGCCAAAGAAUGAAGCCUUAGUAAGUUUGGGUAGGGAGAUCAUGGGGAAGUGUGGUGGGGUACCUCUCGCCAUAAGGACGAUAGCAAGCUUGCUAUGCACCAAAGCUACAGAAAAUGAGUGGCGAUCCUUCAAAGAUUAUGAACUCUCAAAAAUAACUCAAGAAGAAGAAAAUGUUAUUUUAUCAACGCUUAAGUUGAGUUAUAAUCAUCUACCAUCAUACUUAAAACAAUGCUUUGCUUAUUGUAGAUUGUUUCCAAAAGAUUACGAGAUUGAUGUAACAACAUUGAUUAAUCUUUGGGCAGCACAAGGUUUUAUUAAGUUAUCAGAUUCAAAGCAACGUGUUGAGGAUGUAGGGCGAGAGUACUUUAUGGUAUUACUUCGGAGAUGUUUUUUUCAAGAUGUACAAAAAAAUAAUUGCGAAAUUAUAUCAUUUUGCAAAAUGCAUGACCUCAUGCAUGAUCUUGCAGCUCUUGUGGCUGGGAUGGAGAGUACCAUGCUAACUUCGAGUGGGGAGUAUAAUGGUAAAAAAGUUCGUCAUGUAUCAUUUGAUCUUGAAGAUUCAUCAAGGAAACCUUCAAUUUUCAAGAUUAAAGGAAUGAAGAUACGAACAAUUCUUAUAGCUAGUGUAGGGGGGAAAUUGAGGAACUUAAAUUGCAAUGCACUUGUUUCAAAUCUCAAUUAUUUGCGGAUAUUAGAUUUAAGUGAAUUAAAUCUACGUGUAGUGCCACAUUCAAUUGGGGAAUUAAAACAUUUAAGAUAUCUUGAUCUUUCUAAAAAUGAUGAUAUUAAAUUUCUCCCUAAUUCCAUUACCAAGUUGCUAAAUUUGUUGACGCUAAAUCUUAACAAUUGUUACUCACUUAAAGAAUUACCGCGGGGCCUUAAGAAGUUGGUCAAUCUUAGGCAUUUAGACGUUGGUGGGUGUGUCAAAUUGACGCAUAUGCCCCUUGGACUUGGGCAUCUUACUUCUCUUGAGAUACUAACGAGGUUCGUCAUGAGGCAAGGGGGUUCCAAGGCUAGCUCGUAUGGUUGGUAUAAGAAAAAACAGGCUGAGUCUGGUGGUGGGCUAAGUGAAUUGAAGGAGCUGAGCAUUUUGGGAGGAAGUCUACUCAUUCAAAAUUUGGGACAUGGAGAAGAUGACAUGGUGGAAUGUAAAGCCACAAAUAUGAAGCAGAAACAACAUCUUCAACAGCUGCGAUUAGAUUGGAGUUAUGAUGAUGGAGAAACUGAAUGUUAUGAUGACAUGUCACUGGAAGGGCUCCAGCCACAUCCAAAUCUUAAAGCGUUGGAAUUGUUUUAUUAUAGGGGUGUGAGAAUUCCAAGUUGGGUCUCUUCUCUCACUAAUCUUGUUCAUUUUAAAUUACAUUGGAAUAGGAGAUUGCAGCACCUCCCACCGUUAAAUCAACUCCCUUUUCUCAAGUAUGUCUCUCUUAGGGGAAUGGGAGCAGUUGAAUACAUUUCAGAUGAAGACAGUGUUAGUAACGUGUUGGGUGCUUCCUCUUCUUCUUCUUCUUCUUCUUCAAAAACACCAUUCUUCCCAUCCUUAUCUUCUCUAUAUAUAAGGAGAUGCCCAAAACUGAAGGGAUGGUGGAGGAAUUCAGAUGAUGAUGAUGAUAAUGAGCCACACCAUCUCUUACUUCCAUCAUUUCCUCCUUCUCUUUCUAUAUUACAGAUUUGGGAUUGCCCUAACCUGACUUCCAUGCCCCUGAUUCCCGAUCUCAGUGUGCCAAAUAUUGAUGGUUGUCCCCUGCUUACGGCUACACGAAGGAAACAGUGAAGAUUGUCCCAAAUAAUCCAACAAGAAAAAACAAUUUAUUCAGUGUUUUUUGGCUCUUCCUCUACCUCCAACAGUCCCUUACAGCCUUUCUUUAAUCUCCAAGUAUUUCAAUAUGAAAAAACCUACACUUAAAAAAAAAAAAAAAAAAAAAAAAUUCUUCAAUGCAUAGUUGUCCUGCAACCUGCCAGAAAUGAAAAAGUUCUAAUUUUUCAAUGCAUAGUUGCAUGCUUCAUGUACGUUAUUUUUUGGUUCUUGUGCUAAAACAAACGAUUCAUAACACUUCCAUCAUGUGUAAAUAAUACUGUGUAUCCAAGUACUAGAGAAGGGUCAAAUCUAUUUAGUUGUGUACAAUUCAUUGUUAGAUUGGAUUGAUUUUUUUUAUUAUAUAUAUUACUGCCAAUAAAAAUUACUAAUUAAUUUUUUUAUUACUUGAAUACUAACACUUGAAGAUCCCUCAUUUUGCUUACUUUCCCCCCUUUUU